CUUUUCAAGUAAUGGUAAUGGGGUGCCAAGUGAUGCUGUCACUGUAAGAACUCAAGAAGAUGGUAAGUUCCGAAAGAUAAGACUAUGAAGCACUUUAACAUUUCUUUAAGAUAUAUUUUUUUAAUGAAUGGAUUUGAUAUCUUAUAGAGACUAAGAGAUCUGCGUAUGUGGCUAUAGUUUGUUGAGGGUAGCUAUUCCUUUUGUUUUUGUUUUUUGGGUUUGUACACUAUGAUAGACCAACCAUUUAAGGGUGUUGCGGACAAGAAAACUCGAGCACACCAUGACUUGGGUUGAUAUUGUAAAAUGGCCACUGCAAAGGGUUUAAAAAUUGACAUUUCGAGCGUUAGCCGUUCCUCAAAUUGCUCUGACGAAGGGCUAACGAUCGAAAUGUCUGCUUUACUACUCUUAAUGGUAUCCAGUUUGUUCUGGCUUCUUUACGUUAUCCUGUAUCUAUUGUGUCCCAGUGCCAAGUGAGCCACCCUCUGACAUUGUUGUCAAAUCAACAAGUUCAAGUACAAUUCAUGUGUCCUGGGGGCCGAUCAGCCAAGCUUUCGUACACGGGAUACUUAUGGGGGUACGAAGUUAGUUACGCAAAGGAUGACGACUCAUCAGCAUGGGACAACAAGACAGUUGAUGCCAACGCACAUGAAACAGUUUUAAGUGACCUGGAAUAUUUCACACCGUACAAAGUUGUGAUCUGCGCGAGAACAUCUCAAGGAUGUGGAAAAAUGUCUCUCGCAAUGCUACCACAUUUGGUGAUGGUGAGUUGAAGAUUUUUGUUAGAAAAUGAUCUAGCUACGAAUCUACUCUCAAUCUCUUGAGACUUUCAAUCUCUCUUUAAAACGUUCGGUAGCUGGUGGAAACCUUUCGACCAAAUUGGGGUUUAUUUAGGUUACUUAAAGAAAAGAAGGUCACGGGGCCCACUAAAAACUGUAUUUAUCUUAUGGCCGACAUACAGUCGGUGUGCGAUGAUCAUUUACAUUACUAAGAAAAUCACUCAUCUAUGUAUGUAUCUUUCCAUGCACUCUCGUGAGAGAAAACUCCCCAAGGGGCUUUUCACUUAUUUAAUCGCUUGCUAAUCAUCGUUUUUCUAUGGGUAGAAAUUUUCAAUUAUUGUACUAACAUGUUUUGCUUUUGCCUUUACUCUAGUACCCAGUAAGCCUCCACAAAACGUGACAGCUGAGAGAUUAAAGGCUGCAGAAUCCAUCAACGUCACCUGGAAUGAAGUGCCGUUUGGUCACGUGAAUGGUCUGUUGAUGGGAUAUUCCAUAAAGUACCGAAGAGUGAAAACAGCCGAGAAAAAUGUAGUUCACUUGGAGGAGACGGCCAUAGCAAAAUCAACUGAUCUCUGGAUAGUACUCAAUGUUCAAACCUACUCGGUUUAUAUAAUCGAAGUGGCGGCUUUUACUCAAAAGGGCCUGGGGCCUUAUAGUGAAUAUAUCUAUGGUGGUAGGUAUAGGUAUAAAUAAUUCGAAAUAGCUUAACGCUGUAAUCACUGAGUUCAAUGACAAUGUACAAAGUGUCCACCAUAAAGAGUUUCAAAGCUGAGCGAAUGCUUGAAUAACUAUCCUCUCUGAAUUACAGAUGUUUGGACUUAUCCCCUCCUUAACAUGUCAUGUCAAUAUUGAGAAAUUCAUCAUUUUUGAAGACAGGGUGGGGUGGGGGGAGAUUUUGGAGGAUCACAUGAUUUUCUGGGGGAAUGGUUAGAGUGGACUAUAGAACAUUGACUGCUAAUAAAUGCUACUGAACCUUAUGGGGAAUCAGGUCAAUGUUAUUAUGAUAGAAGUAAAGUCUUACGGACCCCACUUCCCUGGCGAUGAAUAAUUAUCGGUUCAUAACAAUUUGAUGAAUAUCUCUCAUCCAUAUUUUUCGUUUACUUUACAGAAACCUGUCGCUGUCCAAAGACUCUUUACACGAACUAUUGGUCAACUCCGCCGUAUCUAAAAGUGAAUCUAAAAAGGAAACACUCUGGAUGGCAUUUUUAGUCACAUUGUCACAGAUAUGAUCUAUACAGCUUGUGGAGAGUGUCCUGCAUACGGUUUCACCGAAAUCAACUUGACUUCAAACGGAAAUGGACAGCGAUCCGGCAAGGAAAGCCUUGUAGACGUUCUUGGUGACAUCGAUGAAGUUCCACAAAUAAGUUUCCCAAUCUACGGCAACAGAUACGUAACAAGAUUUGGGGGCGUUCACCCUAUAUGUCAACCUUGUGGAGUCCCCUGGGUUGGCUUUUGUCGCCGCCAAGAGGACUCCAGGAGCAGCUGCAAGAAACAUUGUAAGCGCUGUGUUUUCGUGCUUUCCACUGGUACUACUGUCUGCAUGUAUGGCCUUUCUUUCCGGGUUCAUUAUAUGGCUUUUGGUGAGUAUAUAGUAUUUCGCUGUUAUUCAUUUAAAAACGAAAGCUUUUUAGGAGUAGAGUUUUGGACUCAACUUCACGCACUUCAAAAGAUAAUGCUAUAAUGGUAAUAAUGAUGUAAAUAUUCUCAUGACCUUUUCUGGAAAAAGUAUGGAUAUUACAGGGAGAAAUUGCAUGUCAAUCACCUUUAGGAGUUCAAGGGUUAACUGAGUCUAUGAACCGCCCACAAGGAAGUAUAUCGCUUUCGUGGAUUGCACCUCAACAGUGCUGUGUACCUUAUAACCUAAGUAGACUUCAAAGUUUUGUUCGUUUUGUUUUGUUUUCUUAAUUGAAGUUAAAUCAUUGGGAAUGUUUCUCUCGUCAUCGUUCCCUAUCUCAUUAUUCAGGAUAUGAAGAACAACCCAGAUCAGUUUCCAGUCUGUUUUAGCAAAGGUAUCGGCGAAGGAUUCUGGUGGUCGUUCGUCUCCAUGACUACCGUUGGGUAAGCAAACCCUUAACAUUUGUUAUUUCUGCCGAAUCUCUUAUCGGUGUUUACUUCUUAGCAGCCAUUUUUCGUUAUCGUGAACCCAAGCCCCUCCUCUCCUCUCUGUAUGUUCACUUGACUGUCUGUCUGUUUUUGUUUUCAGUUAUGGAGACCGUUUCCCCUCUUCUGUUCCUGCCCGUAUUUUUGGUAUCGCAUGGACCCUCACUGGAAUCGUUAUUAUCUCAAUUCUUAUUAGUGCGAUUGCGUCGGCGCUGACGAUUGUCAACGUUCCAUACCCAAUCAAAUUGUACGGUGCAAAGGUGCGUUUCGAUUGUAAAUACAUAAUCAGUUUUCUUAUACACGCGGCACAGCAGGCUACAUGGCAUUACUUCAUCUUACUUUACUAACUAAUUGAAAUCUCACGCUGCUUGUCUCUAGUUUUAUCUAAAAAACAAAGGAGUGGAUUCCAUUUCCUUCAGGGACUGUAAAUUACGUAUGCCGUAUAUCAGAAUCUAAUGGGAACUGGAAACUGGUACAUGAACUGCAUGAGAAGAUGUAGCGAUCGCAUUACUGAUGGUCUUGCCACGGAAAUAGUUACAGACAUAGUUACAGCAUUGUUACGGAAAUAAUAACUCUUCAUUGUUACUGGAAAAGACUGUUUUACAGACUUAGCGUAAUCGAGCAUGCCCUUUUAAAACGGUCAGUAAAUAUCAGUUCUGAUAGUAAUUCUUUGAAUUUAACUUAGAUUGGAGCAAUUCAAAACUCCACGGAACAUCGAAUUGGCACCCUAAAGAAUGCAAGAGUAAAUGAAGGUAAAACAUGAAUCCCUAAUCCCUACUGGUCAUUAGGAUAUUUUGUGAGUAUAUCUGGUGGGUUGAAAAAAAUGGGGGCUCCGAAGCCUGCUUGCGAGAACGCGAGUUGCACGCGCGCUUAAAAGCUAACAUGCACGAGAGAGAUGCCGAAAUAAACAGAAGUAACCUAGUCACGAGUCGCUAUAGUUUUGCAUGUGAUUGGCCGCGAGAAUGGAGUGUGCUAUAUUAAAUGACCAAUUACGAAACAGAGUAGGACAAAAUUUAGUAAUCCGUAAUCCCUUUCGACUCUUAUUUAGGAGUUGAAAUAACCUGUUAAUAGUCCUUCAGAUUAGAAUUUUAAAAUGGGCAAGGCAAAAAAAUUUUUUAUAAUUGUUUUUAUCCACAGAAAAGAAAUAUAAAAAUCUUGAAGAAAUUCGUGCAGCGCUCGAGGAUGGAGAAAUUGAGGGUGCCCUUAUAGACACGUACGUUGCUGCAGAUCACAAGAGCGAACUUUUCAGUGACAGAAUCUAUGUGAAGGAGAUUUUGGACCAGCCACUUGGCUAUGGAGUUGUUCUUUCAGGAGCAGCAGUGAAUGUGGAGCAGAGAUGUCGGGACUUCAUAAACCUGCACAUGAGUAAUAUAUUCCACAUGAUAACCAUCUCGACAAAGACACUUGAUGUAAGUGAAAUUCAUAGUUGUUAUUUUAAUAUUUUAUAUUAAAGUUCAAUAACGCGCGCUUUCACUAGCUGAAAGAGAAUACUGUAUGAGAGCAUCGAGCAUUGAGCUGAGCUAAAGUUGUCGCGCCAUCUGCUAAGCUGUACUAUGUCGAACCCUUUCCUGGACUUCUCUCAAACCUUUUUUUCGUUAACUGAAAGUGAAAUUUCGGAAUAAGUGAGCCGACAGGUAGCGACAGAAGACCCAACAAAGGUUUGCAAACAUGCUAGGUGCCGUAAUUUGCGCUAUUACAACGUGAGCAGAGACGAAAAUCCUCAAUGAGAAAGUGAAAUGGACAGUCCGAGUUUUGAAGGUUUUCACCCUCCCUACACUUUCUUCGUGCUGUAGCCGCUUCCUGCGUGCUUUUACAAAUGCACAGAGCACAAUCAAGGCUUCCCUAUCUGUUAAGUAAAGGCUUAAUUCAACCAACAGUGACUCUUUACAAUGGAGUUGUAUUUCCUAGGUGGACCCAUUAUCAGUGAUAAAACCAGGGAUAAGUACGUGGUCCGGACCACAACCCUACCCCCAUCAGGCCAAUAAAUAUUUGCAAACUUCUUCCAUCACCAGGGUCUUAUAUUAAUGCUUAACCUAAGAUAUUUUAAAUCUAAGGAACAGUCCGAUAAUUUCUCGUUAGAGUGGGAAGUGGGGAUAGUAUUGUUUGGAUGUGUCACAAUAACAUUUGCCUGAUCCUACCCAAAGGCUCUGUAGUAUUCUAAUUAUCCCCUACAUUGCCAGUCAAUAGCUUCUCCUCCCUCUCCCCUUUCUGUUCUGUUAGCGACGACCGACCCCCUCCCUUCCCCCCUGAAACCGUGCGAUCCCCCCAAAACCUCAAGCUCCUUGCAGGUGAUCAAUAAUGGCUGGUCACAUAUUAUACCUGGCCCGUAUAAUUUUUUUCUUUGACUGUAUUUUUUAAUUGAUUAAAAAUACUUUCGUGGUUGUUGUUGUUACUGUCGAGUUUUCCUUUCUGUGCUUAUUUCUUGUGGUCUCUCGCAGCCUACUCCUCCAGAUGAAAAGGUGGAAUCAAGUACAGACUUGUUCGACGGUUCCUCCGUUAUGUUCCGCAUGGCCUUAGCUUCCUUGUCUGGAAUGCUUGGAUUAGCAAUCAUUGCUGGGAUAACUUACCACUAUCUGAUUUUCGUUCCACGCCAAAAGAGAGGUAAGACGUCUUAUCUCUUAUCUUGAGUGAAUAUUUUUCAGGAAUAAGUACAGGUAAAAUCGAAAAUUCUAUGUAUUUCUAAGCAUUCUUGUACCCAGAUAUUUCAUGGCCAAUCAGCUGUUACACCGUAGGAUCUUGGUACGAGAUUAAUUACAGGCAAUCAUAGCGCUUUGAAGUUUGGCAGUAUUUUUGAAGUAUUAAUCCGUGUGGUCUAAAGCUCUCUCCUACUAUAUUUCCAACUUAAAUGGUUAAAAUCAAAGAUUUAUCGAGCUACUUAUAUAAAACGGUCGGAGGUUGCUCAAUGAACUCAUCUGCAUAAUCGGCUGUCACGCUAGCGAAAUCGGUAAAACUUUAAAGUCACCACGGCGAGGAAAAUUGAUAAGUGCAGGAUGUUUUUAUAUUUUUCUGCAGCCAAACUUCUUGUUAGAAGAAAUAAAGCGGAGUUAUCAAUGGUCUGGUCUGGAAUUGAGCAAUAUCAACCAAGAAAGAAACAGUCGUUUUGACCAAUUUGAGAAAGCUGUCUAACGAGUGUUUUUAAAUAAAUUAUGACGAACCUCUGAAUAAACGAACAUCAAAAUUGAAAUACUUUUUAUACACCUUACAUAUCACAUAGUCUUAGAAUACAAAAGAUUUUUUUGCUGCAUGCGAUGUGAUACGAGGACCGGGCUUUUCAACUUUUUGAAGUUUUCGAUGUCGUAAGAGGUCAGAAAAGGGCCUUUGGAAGUUGUUAUUAUUUAGAGCUCUAAAAAUUUUAUUGUAAUGUAUUUCCAGAGACUAAUGUAGUUUUAUUUACUUCCUACCAAAGAUAGUUUAUUGCCUGGACCGCUCUUAAAGAGAUCGCUACUUAACAAUCAGAUCUUGGGAGUUUAUUGGUCAAAUAAUUAAAUGUUACAUAUGCAUUUCUUUAUUUUACUGACUAUGGCUUCUUUGCAGCAAUAGUGUUGACAGGAAGACAUUACAUUCGCCCCCACUUUUGGCGAGUUUUUGAGGAUGGGGUGGGACAGGCUUUAAUAGUUACGGGCAGUGCGUUUUUUUUAUUCUUUAUCGUAAAUUAUUGUGAGCUCCAACUAAUAAUUUUGGACUUAUUGAUAAUCGUCAGUAAAUAAUCUCAACAUAUCUGUUUUUUCUUUUUCAGUUGACAGGCUAAAAGCAUCUUCAUCCCAGCUUGCUCAGAAAAAAGCCCUAGUUGCAGAAAUGAGAGAUUUUGUACGCAUUUUUCACUCACAGAUGUCCACUCGAAUAUCUUCAGAGAUGGAUAAGUGUAAACAAGUAUUAAGAGACAUAAGAGAGGAAAGAAACAUUUCUAAGCAAGGCGGUGCACUUUUAUUAAACAAUGUUAAAACUAAUCCAAUCUACUCACAUGCGUCUGAGGGAUGUGAUUCCGUUGUGGCACAGCGACCUUUGGUAUUCAAAUCAGCGAAGAGUAUUGAAGAGCUUAACAAACAUAACACUUUUGUAAACACUGCUGCCCUAAAUUCUUCCGGAGAAAACUUGAGCCUUGAGAGUGACUCUGAUAACUGUACGAAAUGAAGUAACUUUGUGUUAGGUUACACGAAGAACUCAAUAAUAUAAUGACGACAAAGCUCAGAUCAGUUGAUGGAUGAGAUGGUGCUCAUGUUGCUAUGGUAAUUUUACAGGGUUUAGGAGAUGUUUAUAGCGGUGGUCUUUGACAGUUAGGCAUACUAUGUUAUUUCGAUCUUUCACCGUGAUGCGACAAGCAUUAAUAGUAUAGAUUUAUUGAAGCUGUUUAAGUAACUCCAAGAGCAUUUGCUUUGAAAUAAACGAGACUUAUUUCUAUUUCUAAUCAUAAUAAUUAGGCAUUGUAUUUAUUAGUGAUCUUUUGCCGUAAGACGAGAACGAUCAACAGUAAAGAUUUAUUGUAGCUCCAUGAAUAGCUCCUUGAGCGUUUGCUCUGAAAUAAGCGAGACUUUCUAUUUGUAAUGAUUAGGCAUUGUAUUUAUGAGUGAUCCUUAGCCGUAAGACGACAACGAUUAAAAGUAAAGAUUAAUUGUAGUUCUAUGAAUAGCUCCUUAAGCAUUUGCUUUGAAAUAGACGAGACUUAUUUCUAUUUGUAAUCACAAUAACUGGGCAUUGUAUUUGUUAGUGAUCUUUUACCGUAAGACGACAACGAUUAAUAGCAAACA